UGGGUUAUGGCUUACAUAACCAAACUUUUAUUGAACAUUGAACAUACAAUUUCUUUUUAAAAUCUUAUGUUUAAUUAAUGAAUGAACUGCUUUAAAACCAUAUAAUGACCUUCAUAGACCUACCAGAGGAUAUACGCGAGAAACCGGCCAAAGAAAACCCCGAUCAAAACAACAAACCAAAAACAAAUCGAGAGAAUUCCAGUUACUGGGACGCAGACCUAUACCCCGAGAGGAAGCACCACAAAGUGACAAAGCCCCUGACCGACUAUAUUGCCUUGAAGGCGGGCAGGGAGGAACUACGGAAAAUCAAUUGCGAGAGGAGCGUGUAUAAAUGUUUUAAAGAAAGCCGCAUUAUAAGACUGUUUGUCGGGGCUAUGAAGGCGAGUGGGUGCCCUGUUGAUAUCAGGCGGCAUAUUAGUUGUGAGGAAUGUGCACCUGAGGUAGCUGGAGGGUAUGAUCCUGUCUUAAAUCAAGUUGUUCUUUGUCAUAACAACACCUCGAAAGACAGCCGCGUCCAAAUGGUGUUAAUGCACGAAAUGGUUCAUAUGUUUGAUUUUUGUCGCAAUAACAUGGAUUACAGAAACCUGGAUCAUUUAGCUUGUACAGAGAUUCGAGCCGCCAAUUUGGCCCAUUGCAGUUUUAUGUCCGCAUGGAUGAACGGAGACACCUCACUUUUUAACUUUAAAGGUACCCACCAGAAUUGUGUUAAGAGUAAAGCCUUACUUUCAAUGAUGACUGUACGGAAUAUCACCAAAUUACAAGCAGUUGAUGCUAUCGAAAGGGUUUUUGAUAAGUGCUACAAUGAUUUGGAACCGGUUGGGAGAAGGUUAAGGAGGAAUAGUUUGGAUAUGUAUAAAGCUUUUGAAGAAGGUUUUUAUUAUGGGUAUGAUGAUGGACUUUGAUUUGAAGUGGAAUUGAGUGGUUUUUAGGAAGUUAGCUAAUGUGCAUAAUAAGGGGUUUGAUGAUGGCUCUAAAGGUGUUUUUGUUGAAUUUUGUAGCCUGUAACCCAGAAAUGUGAUUAUAUUUGUAUUUAUGUCUGUAA